UGAUCCACGCACCUAUAUAAAUGUGGCAGUACUAUUUCAUGAAUGAAUUCAUCUUAUCCCUGCAAGAACUUGAGAAAACAAGAAUUCCAAUACUUUCUGUCACUUCCAUUUUCUUUUUAAGUUUGUAACAAACUCAACUCUAGGUUCUUGAAGGAUGCCAAUGGAUGGACGGCUAUACGAAGCAGCUGAAAGUGGUGAUAUGAAGGUCUUCAGAGAAUACAAGGACCAGCUGAUCACCAGGCAGUUAACUCCGUAUAAGAAUACGGUCCUUCAUAUUGCAGCUGGUCGCAAAUUCACCAAUUUCUCUCAGUUAAUUCCAUUUAAGAACACGGUCCUUCAUAAGGCAGCUGCUCAUUGCACUAAUUUCUUUUACGAAGACGCAGAGGACUUUCUUGCUAUAGUUAGUCAAGACCUGUUAUUCCGCUUGAACUCUAAUGGGGAUACUUGUAUUCAUGUGGCAGCUAAGAAAGGCCAUUUCAAUCUCAUCGAAGCCCUUAUUGGCUACAUGAAACAAAAUUUUCCAGCUGACCUCGAAAGUGGUAUUGAACCAGCCCACGAGCUCUUGAGGAUUUCCAACAGUGAAGGAAACAUGGCCUUGCACGAAGCUGUGAUGCAUAGGCGUCACCGGGUUGUGGAAAUGUUGGUUAGAGAAGAUGCUGACUUCACAUAUCCGCCCAACAAUGCUUCGAAAAGUCCACUAUUUCUGGCUAUGGAGAAUAAAGACAAAGUUUCUGCUAAAUUGAUCUUGAGCUCCAGGUCACCAUCUUAUGCAGGCCCUUACGGCACUACGGCGCUACAUGCAGCUGCAUUAAUCCGAUAUGGUGCUUAUGAUUGCUUGGUAAUGAUACUAGAGAAGGAACCAAGUCUGAUAAAGCAAGUAGAUGAUGAGGGAUGGAGUCCUCUCCAUUUUGCUGCAUUCUUAGGGUCUUCAGGGACAGUGAGGGCAUUAUUAAAGAAAGAUAAACAGAUGGCAUAUGAAACCAUAAAAGAAGACAAUAAAACACCCCUCCAUUUGGCAGCCCUCAAUGAUAGGUCACUUACCGUGAAAGAGAUUAUUAAGCAGUGUCCAGAUUCUAAUGAGGCGGUCACAAGUCGUGGCCAUAAUGCUCUUCGCCUUGCAAGGCUAAAUGGCAGUCUGAUUGUAGUACACUUUUAUCUUGGUUUUUUCCAUAUCAUGGUGCACUGUCCCAACAACCUCCGUUAUGCUAACCAGUCGAGUGACCCAAGUGUUGUCAUACAUCACCCUUACUUGAAGCAAACGGAUCGAUGGUGGCGGGGGAAAGAAGUAAAAAAUGAACUCGCGGAAGACGAAGUUUCUUGGAAAGAAAGAAUAAACACACAUUUGGUAGUGGCUACACUCAUAAUGACAAUUGCUUUCGCUGCUGGCUUCACCAUUCCUGGUGGAUAUGAUGAUGACGAGGGUCCAAAUAAAGGCACGGCAAUCUUAGCGAGGAAAGCAGCCUUCAAGGCGUUCGUGGUAGCUGAUACACUUGCCAUGAUAUGUUCUGCGUCUGCGCUAUUUCUGCACUUCACUGCAACCCUUAAGCAAGGGACUAUGACGUAUACUCGUUAUAUUUGGGCUGCAAGAGUCAUCCUAAUUGCUAUGGCAGCAACGGUGAUAGCAUUUGCAACUGGCUUGUAUGCGGUGCUACCUUUCAAUGGCCUAGCCAUAGGUGUCAGUGUCAUGUGCUCUGUGUCACUUUACUGUUUUUUGUUUGUAUCCGACGUGGAAUGGUACUUAAGCCUCAUUUAUUUUCAUUAA